CCGUAGAGUGAUUUAACGGGUCAAAGGCAAUAGUUAUUGCCAGUCACUCGAUCAGUCAUCCUGUUAUCGAUCAAUGAAUUUAAAGAGUGAGCACAGCAAAUUGAUUAUUGUGAAUUAGUCCGGGGAGUCGGUUGACCACAUGUUAUGAAUUAAAAUGUUUACGAGGAAAUAGUGGGACUGGAAGUUUGAAUUUUCCAAGUGGUGAUUGGAGAGGGGAAAUAAGGAGACGCUAUCGGUGGAUCGUUGAAGGCAAUCGGCCAUCGCUCGUCGCAGUCAACUCCCAGUGGUCUUUAACAACUCAUGUGUUCUCUUAAUUUAUAUUCGAAAGUUGGGACGUGAGUUGUCAGUUUCGUAAUACAGCUGGAAAUAUCCCAUGAUAAUUGGGAGAUAAGAGAAAGUGCGGGAAUGUGUGAUCGGCAUUCACAGAUUUUUGGAGGAUUCCUUAUGGAUUUGGAGGGGAUGGGGUUGACUGAUUGAAGCUGUGAUCUCGACAUUUCCAUCGGUUUAUGGCGCUUUAGGCUUGUCCCACUCAAGUUAAAAUUAAAGAACACUAUUUAUAAAUAUUUUUUAUUGAUGAGCGUUGAUAAGAGAGUAAAGUGAAUAAUGGAAGCAGAGGACAGGUACUUUCACUGGGCAGACUGGCUGGUAUUUGCUCUGAUGCUCAGUUGCUCAGCAGCUUCCGGUAUCUGGCACUUCCGUAAGGCACUCAAAUCAACGAUUGCUGAAUAUAUACUUGGAAGAAGUGGAUUCACUGUCUUUCCAGUGUCUGCAUCUUUAAUUGCUAGCUUCAUCUCUGGUGUGACUAUCCUGGGAACACCGGCGGAGAUUUAUAACUUCGGAACUCAGUAUUGGAUAACUGUAUUCUCUAUUUUAUUCGCUGGGGUUAUUACAGCUAACGUCUAUCUGCCAGUUUUUAUGAAAUUAAAACUCAACUCAUGUUACGAGUACUUGGAGCUGCGUUUCAAUCGCGGUGUGAGGAUAUUGAUAUCGCUGAUAUUCGUAAUUGACGUGGUGCUGUACCAAUCGAUAGUUGUGUAUGUGCCAGCACUUGCGCUCAAUCAAGUGACGGGAAUCAGCAUCUACUUGAUUGGCGGCAUUGUGUGCUUUGUCUGCGUAUUUUACACAGUAUUGGGCGGAAUAAGAGCUGUUGUAUGGACUGACGCAUUCCAAGUGGUUGUAAUGGUUUUCGCGGUAAUCGCGGUCACCAGUUUGGGGACAUACAACAUCGGAGGAGUGGACAAGGUCUGGAGGAUAGCCUCAGAAAAUCAAAGGAUUGAAGUAUUGAAUUUUGAUACUUCGCCUUUCACGAGACAUACCGUAUGGACUGUGCUAAUUGGCUCCUGUUUAUACAGCACUGCUUACAUUUCCGUUAAUCAAACGAUGGUUCAGCGGUAUAGCUCAUUAACUUCAGAGAGAAGUUCAAAAAUAGCGAUUUUAAUUUUUACGAUUGGAGUGAUGUGCUUCAUCUCAUUAACUUGCUGGUGUGGCCUCGUGUUGUUUGCAUGGUGGGCACCACCGAAAUGCGAUCCCAGGGCAUCUGGGUUAAUCAAGACUGACGAUCAGAUGUUGCCGGCUUACGUCAUGGAAAUUGCUGGCCAUUUGCACGGUAUUCCGGGGAUCUUCGUUGCUGGAAUAUUCAGUGCAGCAUUGAGUACCCUUUCAGUGGGGCUAAAUUCAACUUCAGUGGUCCUCCUUGAGGACUUCGUCAAGGGGUGUUUUCAGUUAAAGCCGAAUGAUCGGUGCUCGACCAUUUUUGUGAAGGCUGUUGUUGUUUGUUUGGGAUUUUUUGCCAUGGGCUUUUUAUUUAUUGUUGAGAAGAUGGGGGGUGUUCUUGCUGUGACCGGAAGUUUAGCUGCCAUUGCUGCUGGCACAUCAUUCGGGGUCUUCACCCUAGGCAUGUUGUUCCCUUGGGCAAAUUCGAAAGGUGCCUUCACCGGGGCUGUGACGGGAUUCCUGGUGGCAGGAUGGUCGAGUUUGGGAGCUAAUGCUAUGGUUGCUGCCGGUGAAAUAAUUCCGAAGAAACUCCCAGUCCCUCUGACAUCGUGUCCCAGUAAUAUCAGUGACAGUUUUCUAAAUCAAUUUCCCCCGAAUCACAGCGAGGACAAUGUUUUUCCACUCUAUCGGCUGUCUUAUCACUGGUUCGCGGGACUGGGAACUGUCAUUGUCAUUCUAGUUGGUGGCUUUAUGUCCUGGCUGACGGGACCAACCAAUCCAGCCAAUGUCGACAGAGAUUUACUCUCUCCAGUUAUUCAUAGAUUCUUGCCGAAGCCAAUAUACACGACUCAAAUCAAGAGAGGAUCUCAAAAUGUUCCCCCAGGUAGCUAUCCUGAGGCUUCCAAUUUGAUACUCACAGAUAUCCCCAGGAGAGCAUCUCAAACAAUUAAUUCAUACCAGGCACGUCCAACACCAGUUUGACCCCAUCCCCUUUUAUAUUCAUGAGAAUCUUAUUUAAAACUUAAUGCUAGAGAAUUUACGAUAGUUGAGGGCACAGUUCAAUUUUUGUACACACAGAAUAAAUGAAGUUUAUUAGAUAA